AGGGAAAAAAUAACUACGGUGAAACCCCAUUGUUUACAGCUGCUGGAUUUGCUGAGACAGAAAUAGUGGAGUUUUUAAUCACAUCCAAACCAGAAAAAUGCGUGCAUGAUAAUUGCCGCAUAUUAUCAAUUCACCGCAAGAGAACGGAUGGCCUGUCUAUCCUUAGCGCUGCAAUCAGAGGGCAACACUUUGAAACAGCUUUACUGUUGCUAGAACUGGAUGACUCGCUCCACAAGUUGAAGGACAAAGACGGCGUAACUGCUCUUCAACUUCUAGCCCAAAUGCCAACCGCUUUUGAGAGUGGAUUUCCCAUGGACAUAUGUGAAAGACUCAUCUACUGCUGCCUUCCUGUUAAACGUGACCACAAGGUAAAAUCACAGGUAGAAACUUGGUUGAAGGAAAGAAAGAUGCUGGAGAGGAAACCAAGAGGCGGCAUACUCAAAUAUUUAAAAGUCCCUGAAGGAUGUUGGCUAGAAGGAUUCUGGAACCAGAAAAGAAUGCAUGUAUUUGCUUUGAGGCUCGGCGAAAUCCUAAUAAAGAAAGACGAGUCAUUGAAUAAAGUCAGCAUAACAGAGGAAGGACUGGGUGGGAAAGAAUAUAGAAAAGGGAAAAAACCAGUUCUCUGAGUUCACUAGCAAAGGAAAAGAUACAGUAGAAAUCCAACUUCAUUAUACAACAGAAACUUCUGAAACGAACUCAUCAUUGAAGGGCAA